UUUUCGUGAACAUUAUAUUCCGCGUUGUGGGAAUAAUGGAAGCCUCCGAGCAAUUCGUUCAGAAUUGCUAACGAAUUGCAAAGAAAUUCCCCCCUCUGUUUUUCCCACCAAAUUUCGGAUCACCUCUCACUCUCCUUCAUUCUGUUGUUCCUCCCCGAUUCUCCCCCAAACCAGCAAAAUCAGAAGCUACCCAGAAACCACAUUGACGCCUAUUUUCUUCAUUUUCAUUUCAUAUUAGUUAUUACUCAUCAUCAUAAGUUUCCCCUUCACUCUCUAAAAGCACAUUUUUCUCUUUUUAAGGAUGAAAAAAUAAAGUUAUUCUUUAAUCUUGCAUCUUCGUAGAAAGUUCCUCAACUUUAGUGUAAUGGAAUAUAAAAGUAGCGUGUGCUUCAGAAGAUAAGGUCAAUCUUAACCCAUUAUUUAAAAUAAUAUAUUAUUGGUCUAUAAAUUGAGAAUAAUAUAUCGUCAUUAAUUGAGUUUGAAAAGAGAAAGAGAUGGAGAGUUAUUUGAAUGAGAAUUUUGAAGUGAAACCAAAAGGAUCAUCGGAGGAAGUGCUGGAGAAUUGGAGGAAAUUAUGUGGUUUUGUCAAGAAUCCAAAACGACGAUUUCGAUUUACAGCAAAUUUAUCCAAACGCUACGAGGCUGCUGCUAUGCGUCGUACCAAUCAGGAGACGUUGAGGAUUGCCGUUCUAGUCUCCAAAGCUGCAUAUCAGUUUAUACAAGGUGUAUCACCAAGUGAUUAUGUACUCCCUGAAGAAGUGAAAGCAGCAGGUUAUGGUAUUUGUGCUGAUGAAUUGAGUUGUGUUGUCGAAGGCCACGACUUAAAGAAGGUAAAGUCCCAUGGGGGAGUAACAGGCAUUGCAGAUAAACUUCACACAUCGACUGAAAAUGGGCUCACUACAACCGACCCAACUGCCCUUUCUCGAAGACAAGACAUUUUUGGGAUCAACAAGUUUGCUGAGGCUCAGCUUCGAAGUUUCUGGAUUUUUGUAUGGGAAGCUCUUCAGGACAUGACAUUGAUGAUUCUCGGUGUUUGUGCUUUUGUUUCUCUGAUUGUUGGCGUUGCUACCGAAGGAUGGCCCAAGGGAGCCCAUGAUGGGCUUGGGAUUGUUGCUUCUAUCUUGCUUGUUGUAUUUGUUACUGCAACGAGUGAUUAUCGGCAGUCAUUGCAGUUCAGGGAUCUCGACAAAGAAAAGAAGAAGAUCGCUAUUCAAGUCACUAGGAACGGAUUUAGGCAGAAAAUGUCCAUAUAUGACUUACUUCCUGGUGAUAUUGUGCACUUGUCGAUAGGAGAUCAAGUCCCAGCUGAUGGUCUUUUUGUGUCAGGAUUCUCAGUGUUGAUCGAUGAAUCGAGUUUAACAGGCGAAAGUGAACCUGUUAUGGUGAAUGAGGAAAACCCAUUUCUUCUCUCGGGUACGAAAGUCCAAGAUGGAUCAUGCAAGAUGAUAAUCACAACUGUUGGGAUGAGGACACAAUGGGGAAAAUUGAUGGCAACUCUUAGUGAAGGAGGGGAUGAUGAGACCCCAUUACAGGUCAAACUCAAUGGAGUUGCUAGCAUUAUCGGCAAAAUUGGACUUUUCUUCGCUGUUGUGACUUUUGCGGUGCUUGUGAAUGGCCUGAUUACCCGUAAAUGGAGAGAAGGCUCCCAUUGGUAUUGGGGCGGAGAUGAAGCUUUGGCAUUGUUGGAGUACUUUGCAAUUGCCGUUACCAUUGUUGUGGUGGCUGUUCCUGAGGGGUUGCCAUUGGCUGUGACUUUGAGUCUUGCAUUUGCCAUGAAGCAGAUGAUGAACGACAAGGCCUUGGUCCGUAACUUGGCUGCUUGUGAGACCAUGGGAUCAUCUACUACAAUCUGCAGUGAUAAAACCGGGACUCUAACUACUAAUCGGAUGACUGUGGUGAAAUCCUGCAUUGGCUUGAAUGUCAAGGAGAUAAGUAAAGAAUGUAGCUUGCGUAAUGAGUUGCCCGAUUCUACCUUGAAGCUUCUGAUGCAGUCCAUAUUUAAUAACACGGGAGGUGAAGUUGUGGCCAAUAAAAAAGGGAAGCAUGAAAUAUUAGGAACCCCAACCGAGACUGCGCUCUUAGAAUUUGCGUUGUCGGUUCUGGGAGGCGAUUUUCAAGCUGAAAGGCAAGCUUCUAAGCUUAUCAAAGUUGAGCCAUUCAACUCUACGAAGAAGAGAAUGGGUGUAAUAUUAGAACUUCCUAAUGGUGGAGGUAUAAGGGCCCACACCAAAGGUGCUUCCGAGAUAGUCUUAGCUACCUGUGAUAAGGUGAUCAACGCAAAAGGAGAGGUCGUUCCCCUGGAUGCAGAACUUUUGGAGCAUCUUAAAGAUACAAUCGAUGCAUUUGCUAGUGAAUCUCUCCGAACCUUGUGUCUUGGUUAUAUGGAACUUGAGAACGAGUUUUCUCCAAAUGACCCUAUGCCUGCUCAUGGGUAUACAUGUAUAGGAAUCGUGGGGAUCAAAGAUCCUGUUCGACCUGGAGUGAAGGAAUCAGUUGCAAUGUGUCGUGCAGCAGGGAUAACUGUAAGGAUGGUUACAGGAGAUAACAUUAAUACAGCCAAGGCUAUUGCUAGGGAAUGUGGUAUUCUUACUGAUGAUGGUAUUGCGAUUGAAGGUCCAGUUUUUCGAGAGAAGACCCAGGAAGAAUUAGAGAAAAUUAUUCCAAAAAUUCAGGUUAUGGCACGAUCUUCUCCCUUAGAUAAACAUACACUUGUGAAGCAGUUAAGGACAACAUUUAAUGAAGUUGUGGCAGUUACCGGAGAUGGUACAAAUGAUGCCCCGGCUCUUCAUGAAGCCGACAUUGGACUUGCAAUGGGCAUUGCUGGUACUGAGGUGGCUAAAGAAAGUGCUGAUGUUAUCAUUCUAGAUGACAACUUUUCUACCAUUGUUACGGUUGCUAAAUGGGGACGUUCAGUUUACAUAAACAUUCAAAAGUUUGUGCAAUUUCAGCUCACUGUUAAUGUUGUCGCGUUACUUGUCAACUUCUUUUCGGCCUGUUGGACAGGAAGUGCUCCGCUCACUGCUGUUCAGCUUUUAUGGGUUAACAUGAUUAUGGAUACGUUGGGAGCUUUAGCAUUGGCUACUGAGCCUCCUAAUGAUGAGCUGAUGAAGAGAACACCAGUUGGGAGGCAAGGGAAUUUCAUCAGCAAUGUCAUGUGGAGAAAUAUUCUAGGCCAAUCCUUCUACCAGUUUAUGAUUAUUUGGUUCCUCCAAGCAAAUGGAAAAUCUUUGUUUCAACUUCAAGGUUCAGAGGGUGAUUUGACCUUGAAUACUCUAAUCUUUAACUCAUUCGUUUUUUGUCAGAUUUUCAAUGAAAUAAGCUCUCGAGACAUGGAGGAGAUAGACGUACUGACGGGCAUAUUAGACAACUAUGUUUUUGUUGCCGUCAUCAGUGUCACGCUUGUCUUUCAAAUUAUAAUCGUUGAAUAUUUGGGUACAUUUGCAAACACCACUCCUCUCAGUUUCAUGCAGUGGUUUGUUAGUGUCUUCAUUGGAUUCUUAGGCAUGCCAAUUGCUGCCGGAUUAAAGAAAAUACCAGUUUGAGACCGUUCAACCAGAAAGUGCAGUUUGUAUAUCUUACGUCCAGAAGGGUGCUCGAAGCAGUAGCAGUCCGAUGCGCCUUGUUAUUGUAAAGUUUGCGACUGACUUAACCAAAUAACUGGUAGCUUUCAAGCGAAAGCUUGACAUAUCUGCACCAGGAAUUGGGGAUAACUUUGUUUCUUUGAUUGUUGUGAUAUAUAAUUCAUGUCUUGGCAAUCUAUGCAGUUUUGAAUGCCAAAAUUUAGGAAAGUAGAAUGUCAGUUUAGAAAUAUCCCAUGUAAUAUGCAAAUUAAUUAGGAAGGUCUACAUGUACACCAUCAUGAUUUUUUUUGUUAGUUGGAUAUUGAGAUGUUUCAAUUUAGAAACAUCCAUUGUAAUUUGCAGAUUAUAUAUGAAUCAUGAAUGAUAAUUGCUUCCAUGGAUGGUACCAUUCAGAGGUGUUCAUUCAGGUCAUCGGGUCUUUUUCGGGCCAAGUUCGAUUCGGUUAUAGGUCGGGUAAAUAUCGAGUCAUCGAGUGUGUUAUGAACAUCUCUAGUACCAUCUAGUGUAACGU